ACGUGUGUGCCUCGCAAUUGGCGUGAGUUGUUCAUUGUGAUACGAUUAAAUCGCGCAUUAUAUUAUGCACAGUUGAAAUUAAGGGAUAUAAUAUGAGCAUAUAUCACGACGAAGUGGAGAUUGAGGAUUUCGAGUACGACGAAGAAGAGGAAAUGUAUUAUUAUCCCUGUCCGUGUGGCGAUCGAUUUCAAAUAUCCAAGGAGGAACUGAUGGAGGGCGAGGAGGUGGCCACUUGUCCCAGCUGCUCUCUAAUUGUUAAGGUCAUUUAUGAUCCGGACAUGUUUAAGGCGGAGGAGGAUGAGUCAGCGGCGCUAAACGAAAAACUUAGCGAUUUAAAGCUGGAGAAGAACUAAGCUAUCGAUUUAAUUUCGUGUAAUUAAAUAGUUUUUCUUUUAUUUGUAUAAUUCCCUUUAAUGUAAAUAAUACGUUGACUAGUAAACAAUUAAUUUAAAUGAUA